GGCGGGGGCCAGUUCACAGCGGGUCUCCACUGGCUGUUGGGUUUAGAGAGAAUGUUCUAAUCCAUCACCUUUGUACCAAUUGUCUAUAAAAAUUAAUGUGCAAGUGAAGCCCUGCCUUCAAAUCGGAGGCAAAUCAAAUUCUGAAUUCCUAUUCAUGGGCAAAAGACAGACAUGAAUGACUCAGAAGAUUUCAAGGAGGGCCACUGUAAAAGCAAGGACCAAACAGAUGGAACAGGAAUGAGUCUGUGCAAAGAAGAGAAAGGAGUUCAAGUAACUAGGAAAUAUGUACCUCCUUUGGGCCAGAGCUGCAGAGGAGGUCCAUCUGCAGACCAAUCCCUGACCAGCAUUGAAACACCCUUAGAUCCUCUUUCAGUUAUUGCUGCUGGUCCUCUUCGUAAAGCUGAAGAUCUGAGAGUGAAGGAACCUACCCACGAUGAGGACUUGAUGAAGGAGGAGUCUUCCCAGACCAAGGUGUCGUUUGGUGGACUAGGUAUUCACCAGCAGACCAUGGAGGAGCUGAAGAGCAUCCUGAGGGACAGUCAUCUGCUCAGCAUCCGAGGAAGAGAGGAGGGGAAGCCAGGAAGCCCGUUUACGUACCUCCAUGGGAGCAGCAGCAGUAGUGGUGGAGGACACGAGAGACGUGAGGAUGAUGACAACCCUCAGAGGACGUUCAGCACCUUCAAACCUCAGUCUGAUGCUUCUAGAAGAGGGGGAAGCUCCAGAGAAAGUACACCUAUUCAGCCGCCUUCCACUGUGGAUUCAUCCAGCUCAUUCAGGUCUGCUGCCAAAGCAAAUAGGCAGCCUGGAGUCCGGAUCGACGCACAUUCAAGCGGCAGCUCCUGGGGAGAGACUGGAGAGUCCCAAUCAGAUAGCGAAAACAAAGCCGUUGAGUUCUCCAGCAGCCUGAGGUUCUUCUCAGCCAUGGAACAAAUCAAGCAGCAGAUCGCCAGAGAAAACAUCAAUUUUGUCCGCUUUGAGGCCACCGAUCUCCAUGGAGUGUCGCGGUCCAAGACGGUGCCUGUCCGCUUUUUCCACGAGAAAGCAAUAUAUGGGGUGCCCAUGCCAAGGAGCUAUUUGGAGCUGACCCUGAGCCCAAAGAGCAACGAAGUGGACCAUGCCAGCACUGCUAGCUUCAGCAGCGAUGUUCUUCUCAUCCCUGACCUUUCCACAUUCAGAGUCCUACCAUGGGCUGAGCAGACAGCUCGGGUCAUAUGCGACCCGUGCACAGUAACAGGAAGCGCCCUUCGCACCUCACCGCGCCUUAUCGCCAAGCAGCUCCUCGGGCAGCUCCAAAGCCUGGGAUUCUCCCUGCAUUCGUCCUUUACCUACGAGUGCUGCGUGCUGGGAGCCCCAGACAGAAUUGGACCAAAGACGCUCCUCUUCCCAGCCACCACGCUUCUCAGCAACCACGACCUCCCAUUCCUCCAGCAGCUGGUGGACAGCAUGUACUGCAUGGGUGCAGACAUAGACAGCAUCGCCUCUGCAAGUGGGCCGGGCCAGAUGGAGAUCAAUUUGAGGCCAGAGUAUGGGAUUGCAGCUGCUGACAGUGCCUUCACUUUCCGCACUGGCAUUAAAGAGAUGGCUCGCAAACACAGCUACAUCGCCAGCUUUUUCACCGAUGACGGUCUGUAUAACGCGGGUGUGCUCUCCCACAGCCUGUGGGACGCGAAUGGCCGACGCAGCCUCUUUCAGAGUGGCGAAAAGACAGCAGAUCUGUCUGAGAUCGGUAGGAAAUGGCUGGCUGGGCUCCUCACCCACUCUGCAGCGCUAAGCUGCCUAAUGUCACCCGGACUGGGCUGCCGGAGCCAUAUUGCCAAGACGAUUAAAGACCCCAAACAGGUGCUGUAUGCCACCUGUGGCUGCAACGACAACAGCAGUUCUUUUAACAUCAAAUGUCAUGGCGGGAGGGAGGCCCACAUCGACAACAAGCUGGGCUCGGCCAUGGCAAACCCUUACAUCGUACUGGCUGCAACAGUGGCUGCAGGACUGGACGGCAUCAGAAGAAACCUGAACAUUGAGAACAUUCUGAACAAAGCCCCCGGCCAACAGAGAGAAUUUGCCAUUCCUGUGAAGCUGGAUAAUGCUCUGGAGGCCUUGGCUGAGGAUCACGUCAUCUGCAGCGCCCUAGGAGAACCGUUUGUUCAGUACUUCAUCGCCAUGAAGAAGUUUGAGAUCGAGACCCAAGAACUGGAUGAUGAAAGAAACAAGUGCCUUGAGUAUUUCAUUUGAAAAGCUUUGCUGUUUGUGUUCAUACUUACAGGUGAAAUAGUUUAUCUUAUCACAUAAAGUGAAGCAAGACAAAGAACUUUUCAGAUGUUUUAUUUAAAAUGUUGAUUUUCAGACUCUUCAGAGUGAAAAUAUACAAGAACAUUCUAAAACCCUGAGUUUCAUGAUUCAUUAUUGUUUAAUCUACAAACAUUUUUCCAUCAAAAAUGAAAUAAAAGUUUGAUUCACAUUUAUACACCUGCAUAAUGACAAAACCAGCUUUCAUUCUAAUGCUUAACCAUAAAGCUUUUUCUUGAUUUUGUCUGUUUUCAGGUGUAAUGAGGAUGUUGACCUCCUGGGGUCACUAUCUUAGCUGCAUUUUAGGAUUUUGUUCCCUUAGAAAAAGCAAGAGACACUGGAUUCAGUGAGUGGCAAUUCUGGAUUGGAUUAUGUAAUUUUGCAAAAACAAAAUCAUAUUCAAUAUUCAUCUUCUGCUCCUGACUCUCGUACAGUCCCUGUAACAUUAAAAGGAGUAUACGGAAUUGGAAAGUGCCAAUUACAAGAGGGUUUUGGUUAAAGUUUUUUUUAUGUUGCUUAAAAAAGUAAACUCUAUUAUAAAAAAGAAGAAAAAAAAACCAAUAUUCAAAAUUUGAAUUAACUGGCUGCUCUGAUGCAGGGGUCUUUUCAGUAAAAUAAGGACAUGGAUGAGAAGCUUUGUGAAUACAAUUAAAUAGUUUAGUUCCUGAAUGGAGUUGCUGUAGUUCAUCAACGUGAAGGUAGAAAAUAUGUACAGGCUGAGUCGUGCCAUUAAGCUAAAACUCACAGGAUCUUUGUUUUCUUUAAUUGCUGCUUUCAUAAUUCAGGGCUUAAACCUGCGAGCCCCAUUCAAGGGAGCUUGAGCUCUCUUGCAACAAUAACGUGCUUGUAGCUGACUAACUGAGACCGACACACACUUCAUCUGAGACUCUUCUACAAAAGAAUCUACCAAAUAAUAUAAUAGCAUCCAACAUUUUCAAUUUCAAGAAUAAAUUCCAAAUUUCAAAAAUUGUACCAAAAGAGCAUAAAAUAGUAUGGGCAAUGCCUGGAUUAUUGUUCAAUCUAAACAUGUAUAACAUCUAAGUUGCCUGUGGUGUGGAUACAUAACUUGCUACAGAUGUAACCAAGAUGGUGUAGUUACAAUGUAUUGUGUUAACUUCCUUCUUUACAACUUAAGUAAGAAGUUUUAUAUGUAAACACCUGUUUUUCUUUUAGGCAGGAUUGGCAGUUUAGGCAUUGUACAAGUUGAGAAUUGUCUUAUAAAGUAUGAGAACGCAUUUAUUGGAAAAUAGACACUCGCAUUUAAGAGGCUUGAUUGGUUAAUUACAGAAAAUAUUUUAUAGUCAUAUGAAAAAAGACCAUUCUUUUCAAAAUAAUAAAUAUGCAUCUGAAGCAACAUAUAACAUGCAGGAAAGACUUCUAAAAAUUGCAAGACAAGUAUCUAUUUAACGCGACUGUAUAAGACAGAGUAUUGCACGGCUGCUAAAGUUCGUGAGACUUUUGUUCCAAUACAAACUGACUGUAUCCUUAGCUCAUGGCUAGGUGAGGCUAUAACACAGAAUUUCUUUGCUUUGUAAGUUUUAAUGUAUGAAUGACCUUGUUUUCAAGGGCAGAAAUUCCAUUUCAUUGUUUGGGGGACAAUAAACAGAGAGAUGCCUCAA